AUGGGCGAAUGUGAAGUUGGCACGACGCAAAAGAGAUACAGCAGACCGGACUGGCACACUUUCGGCCUGACCUCUGGCCAUGUUCAUGUGCAUGUCACUGUCAACGUGAGCAUCGGUGCGGGCUCGUGUGGAGGUGACGGGGAGCGCACGAGUCGGAAGCCAUCAGAACGGAGCGUCGGUCUGAGAUGCUCAAGCACUUAA